AUGUCUACCAACAUCAAAUCCAUAGAGACCACCAAGUCUACCAAGGUUUCUAUCAAAGCCGACCCCGCUAGCAACGACAAACCUUUCACCUUCACUGGCAAGGGUGAAGUUAAGUUCUCCACCGAAGGCAACCUUACCUUUGUCGGCACCGGUAAAUUCACCAAGGCCAAAGGUUCCACCACGGGUACUGCCAACAAUGACAAAGGUAUGAUUCGAAUAUCUCAAGGUUCGAUCCCACGUCUCACGUUGCGCAGCUGUCUUGACCCCUGUCAAAGGCUCCACUCACCUUGGCCCACCUCCUCCUCCAGUUUUUGGCAUCGAAGGCCAGACCAACAUGGUCUCUCAUGA